UUUAAUCGAUUGGAUUCGGAUUAGUAUUUUUCAAAAAGUCGUACUUUUAGGUCGGAAAUGGUCAUCAGGAUUGUGUUAGCGUGUUUGCUUUUCGUAGGAGUGGCACUUUCCCUACCCUUGGAAAGCCGAAUCGUAAACGGUACUACUGCAGAUCCUGGACAAUAUCCUUUUGUUGUAUCAUUGCGCAGUUCUUCGGGCUCACAUUCUUGUGGAGCGAGUAUUAUUAACAGUCAAUGGAUUCUAACAGCUGCUCACUGCGUCCAAUACAAGAAACCAAGUUCGAUUAGCGUUCAAUAUGGAGUUUCGACAAUUUCAUCAAAAGGACCUAACGUUGCAACAGUGAAAAAAAUUAUUUGGCAUGAAAAUUAUAUUCCCACUAGCAGAUAUGACGAUGAUGUCGCCCUAUUACAAUUGGAAGGAAGAUUAUCAUUUAAUGGAAAAACAAUUGCAGCUAUUAAGCUACCCGAGCAAGGUUUUGAAGUUCCCGGGGGAGAUAUUGGAACUCUUGUUGGAUGGGGACUUGAGAAGACGGGCGGAGUAGUUCAAAAGGAUCUUCAACAAGUUGAUUUGAAGAUCUAUUCUGAUGAAGAAUGCAAUGAAAGACAUAAUGGAGUUACUAGUGUGCAUCAAAUUUGUGGGGGAGUUGAUGAAGGUGGUAAAGGACAAUGCAGUGGAGACUCAGGUGGUCCACUAGUUUAUAAAGGUGUUCAAGUUGGUAUUGUCUCAUGGAGUCGGAAACCAUGCACUAUUGCUCCAUAUCCCGGAGUUUAUACCAAAGUUUCGCAUUAUAUUGAUUGGAUUAUGGACAAAAUUAAUGAAUAAAUUAUAAAAAAUUAUGUAAAUUAAAAAUGA